GGACGACGUUGCUGGUCGGUCUUCAGCCCCGGGGCCGCGUAGGUGUAUUCAUUCUUGCCAGCUACUCAACUCCUUCUUCCUCUAUCGAUUCGAUUUCGCGGGGUCUUACCCUCCCUACUUCCUAAUACCUCCCAGCUGUUGUUUGUGUCAUUGAUCAAGUUUCCUCCUUUUUGCAUUUCAUUUUCUACGGACAUACCGCUCUGGGUGACUUAGUUCCCUGCCUCUGCCGACAACGGGACCCGCCUCCUACGUGGUUCAUGGCCAUCACCCUAGUUGGCCUUAUCUCAUCUUACUGAGGGGGAGCCAGUUCGCUGCGCGCUCCCAUUAUGCGUCUUCCCGGCGGCGUCGCAACGGCCCUGGGCCUUUGCGCUGCUGCCUCCGCUUCGCUUCAUCCUCGUCGCUCUUACGAGACCCACGAUUACUUCGCUCUGCACCUCGAUGAGUCCGCAUCGCCGGCUGACGUCGCUCAACGCCUAGGUGCUCGCCACGAAGGCCCCGUCGGAGAAUUACCUCUCCACCACACCUUUUCCAUACCCAGAGAGAACAGUGACGAUCUCGAUACGCUGUUAGAUCAAUUGCGGGAUAGGAGGCGGUUACGGCGACGCUCCGGAGACGCCGCUGCUAGUCUCCCCUCCUUGGCUGGGAGAGAUGAGGGGCUGGAUGGGAUCCUUUGGUCCCAGAAGCUGGCCCCCCAGAAGAAACUCCAUAAGAGAGUCCCCCCAUCGAUUAAUGUGGCUAGGUCGCCGGCGAAUCCCAAGGAGGAUCCCGAAGCGACUCAGGCGCUGAAGCGGGUCGCAUCGGAGCUAGGGAUCGCGGACCCCAUAUUCAACGAACAAUGGCAUUUGUAUAAUACUGUGCAGCUGGGUCACGACCUUAAUGUUACGGGGAUCUGGUUGGAAGGUAUCACAGGGAAGGGCGUUACUACGGCGAUCGUUGAUGACGGAUUGGACAUGUACAGCAACGAUCUCAAGCCCAACUACUUUGCAGCGGGGUCCUAUGACUACAACGACAAGUCGCCGGAGCCGAGACCGCGUCUUAGCGAUGAUCGACACGGUACCAGAUGUGCGGGCGAAAUUGGUGCGGCGAAGAACGACGUGUGCGGGGUCGGCGUUGCGUAUGACAGUCGCAUUUCUGGAAUCCGAAUCCUUUCCGCGCCUAUUGACGACACGGACGAGGCGGCGGCCAUCAACUACGCCUAUCAAGAUAACGACAUCUACUCGUGUUCCUGGGGUCCCUAUGAUGAUGGCGCCACAAUGGAAGCGCCGGGAACCCUAAUUAAGCGGGCUAUGGUGAACGGCAUUCAGAACGGUCGGGGUGGGAAAGGCUCGGUCUUUGUGUUCGCGGCUGGCAACGGUGCUAGUCAUGAUGACAAUUGUAACUUCGAUGGUUACACCAACAGCAUUUACAGCAUCACCGUGGGUGCAAUUGAUCGGGAGGGUCAACACCCAGCCUACUCGGAAUCCUGUUCGGCUCAGUUGGUAGUCGCCUACAGCAGCGGCUCGAGCGAUGCAAUCCAUACAACUGAUGUGGGUGCGGACAAAUGUUCCACUACACAUGGUGGAACUUCGGCUGCAGGUCCAUUGGCUGCGGGAACCGUGGCUCUGGCACUCAGCAUGCGACCAGAAUUGACUUGGCGUGAUGUUCAGUAUUUGAUGAUUGAGGCAGCGGUGCCUGUUCACGAAGAUGAUGGGAGCUGGCAGGCCACCAAGAAUGGGAAGAUGUUCAGCCAUGACUGGGGAUAUGGCAAAGUGGAUACAUACACUUUGGUGCAACAGGCAAAGUCCUGGGACCUGGUGAAGCCUCAAGCAUGGUUCAAUUCCCCCUGGCAGCGGGUAGAGCAUGACAUUCCGCAGGGCGACCAGGGCCUGGCCAGCUCGUACGAGGUGACCGAAGAGAUGAUGAAGGAAGCCAAUCUGGAAAGGCUGGAGCAUGUCACGGUGACCAUGAAUGUCAACCACACCCGCCGCGGGGAUCUCAGCGUGGAGUUGCGGAGCCCCGAGGGUCUGGUCAGUCACCUCAGCACGACCAGACGGCCAGACAAUCAAAAAGUGGGCUAUGUCGACUGGACCUUUAUGAGCGUUGCUCAUUGGGGCGAGUCCGGAGUCGGGACCUGGACCGUGAUUGUCAAGGAUACCAAUGUCAAUGACAAUACGGGGCAGUUCGUCGAUUGGCGAUUGAACCUAUGGGGCGAGGCGCUUGACGGGACCAACCAACCCCUUCACCCUAUGCCCACCGAACACGACGAUGACCACAGCUAUGAGGAUGCGGUGGUGGCUACAACGAGCGUCAGCGCUGCUCCCACGAAAACGGACCCACCUGGCACGCCCACUGACGGCGUCGAUCGCCCGGUGAACGUUAAGCCUUCGGCAUCGGCACAACCGACGGGGACGAUCGAUGAGCCCCUCGAGGACGAACUCAAGGAGACCCCUGCUACGGAGAUUAGCUCGACUGCGACCCCAUCCCCGACCGCCGCGUCGGACAGCUUCCUGCCUUCGUUCUUCCCCACCUUUGGGGCGUCGAAGCGGACGCAAGCCUGGAUCUAUGCGGCGAUCGGGUCCAUCAUCGUGUUCUGCAUGGGGCUUGGAGUUUACUUCCACGUCCAGCGUCGGAAGCGCAUCCGCAAUGACAGCCGGGAUGAUUACGACUUUGAGAUGAUUGAGGACGAGGAUGAGCUGCAGGCGAUGAAUGGACGGUCGAACCGCUCACGUCGGCGCGGCGGGGAGCUUUACAAUGCUUUUGCGGGCGAGAGCGACGAGGAACCAUUGUUUAGCGACGAGGAUGAUGAGCCAUAUCGGGAUCGGGGGAUCAGCGGCGAGCAGGAACGGGAUGGCGCGGAUGGGGAGCAUCCUCGGCGGUGAAUGGAGGUGGUGAGGAUGAAUGGGGGGAGAGGAUGUUGCGUCGGGAAGUGAUUUACUCCUUGGAUGACCUGCUUUGAACUAUUAUCUGUGUAAGCUGCAUGACGAGCGCGUAUGUAUAUAGCCGGUAUUGCCCUGCAUGCAUUUUGUGAGGUGUAGAUAUUGUGUAUACUGUACACAGUAGUAGUAGAAGUGGAGAGAGGUCAG